ACUAUGUUUCCAAAUGCAACAGCUCGUAAAUUACUGGUGAUGCUGAUAUUUAUCUUAGUUUUCUGGGCCAUUUACUUGUCUUUAAAAGAAAUAAAGGGGACAGCUCUGGCCCUACCCCCCAUUGCCCUGCGGCUGCUGUCAGUGGCCUUCCUCUGCAGGAGGUCCAACAUAGGAGUUGAAUUGCUGCAAGAUACCUCCAGCAAGGUCUUACAAUGCAACAGUAAUUAGAACUUAGAAAAGAAAUGCCAGGUUGGAAUGAAGAUACCUUUCCCAGGGGUUAUACUGUGGAAAAGGCGGGUCACAGCAUUUUGCAACAGAUGGACCUUCAAAUAUUUUGACCACCGUGGAACCGGGGUCUUUAACCACAUGCUUCUGGAUGCUGAAAGACAUUUGAUUCAGUGGGAAAAGCAUGGUCAUCCAUUUAUUACCACGAAUCUGUUCUCUGUGAAAGAUGAACACUAUACCCCAUGAGAAAUGGACCAGGCAGCAGGAGACAGAGAACAGCACUUCAGACCCUUUGCCAUCAGCAUUUUCAUCAGUAGGGUCAUCAAUUUGCAAAAGGCCAUUGAAUGUCUGCUCUUGCGCAGCCCGGAGACCAAGGUGAUCCUUAAACAGCAGCGGUUCUCAACCUUAAACACCAGGGAGCUGUGUCUGCAUGCAGAGAUGUUUGGUGAUGUUCAUGGCUAUAGUCAGAAUCUUAUCAUGAGGGACAUUUAUGUGGAUCUCAGUAUGGGUAUUAUUGAUGCCUAGGACAUGACUAUUGCAUAUGGCACUAACCAUGCCCAUUCACUUGAUUAUGUGAUUGGAAAUCAGAUGAACAUCCCCUGGCCACCACCAUUCUACUUGCUGUCUCUGUGA